GCUCGUGGUGAAGGUCAAACGUCGACCUGGAAGCAAUCGAUUCGCGACAUCGCUUGCAAACACCACCGACAUGGCAUCAAUACGCAGCGCGCUCGUCCUUGCAUGUGCCGCACUGGCAUCGGCGGCUAAGUUGACUGUUUCCAUCCCGCCAUCACAACUGCUGCCGAAUCCAUCGACCCUUCCAUCCUCAAGCCACGCAGUGCUACUCGGGCCUCCAGGUGUACGCUACGAUGCUCCGAUCCGUAGAGACAACACUUUCUUGUUCGAAGAUAUUCCAGAUGCCAGCUAUCUGCUCACAAUACAAUCUCGGGACCACUUCUUCCCGCCUUUAAGAGUGGAUGUCACGAAAAGUGAGGGCGAAAGUUCGCAAAACAUCAGUGCUUGGGCAACUUUCAGAGGCAACGAGUGGGACAACAAAGGGCAGUCUUUCGGGACGGGAAAAGAUGAACUGAAGAUUGAUGUCAAAGCUGGGGCCGAGAAGCAGUUCUACCAAGAAAGAGGCGGCUUCAACAUUCUCAGCUUCUUGAAGAGUCCGAUGAUUCUGAUGGCUUUGGCGUCCUUGGUGCUGGUAGUCGGCAUGCCGUACAUCAUGGAGAACAUGGAUCCGGAAGCAAAGGCGGAGUUCGAGGAGAUGAGCGCCAAAAGCCCGCUAUCUGGCAGCUCUGGCGCAGCCGCGCAAAUGCAGAACUUCGAUUUGGCAGGUUUCCUGGCUGGCACAUCCAAGUCUUCAGACGAUUCGUCUUCUGCGAAGAAGAAGUAGCUGGAAGACUCCGCUCUGUAUUCAUCGAAUGAAGUCAAAACAUUAACAUGCUCUCAUAACUGAUUUUGCCUGCCUCCGGGUUCCAGGAGAAUACCCGCCAUCUGCUUUUCAGGAUUGCGUGCUUCACAACACAGCCCAUG